AUUCUCACGACAUUCACUGAAAUGUCAUGAAAAUUACAGUCUGGAAACACUAUAUAAAGCUCGGGUCUAAGUCCUGAACGCAGAAGAAUGACUCCCUCACGGGUUAUCUGUGCGCUCGUCCUCGCUUUGGCAGCUCAGGUGCCCUCUCUGGCGCAAGAAACACGUUUAAGGAGAGAAAAUAUUGGCUACAUCAAUACUGAUGAUGCUCAACCACCUUCUGGUCCGUCAGUGAUCUGGGAUCCUACACCAUGGCCAUAUAUACCACACCCACUUGAAGAAAUACAUAAUCGGCCUGGACCUUAUCCACCCGGAGAUAACCGACUACCCAAACCACCAGGACAGCCUAUUCCACAGCCCCCCGGAGAUAGACGACUACCCACACAACCAGGACAGUCUCCCGGCAACAUUCAGUACACUAACCCGUACGGAGAGGUUGAUAUACCACGCCCCACUGGAGAAAGGCCAGUUCCACACACUCAUGAUUCUGGACUUCCAAACUCACAGUCAAAAAUCCACCCUCCUAGCGAUCCAACGGGUCCACCAUAUAUUCCUUGGAGAAAAUGAAGUGGAGGGUGUGAAGCUACUUCUAUGAAAAGAACUGGUGACUCUGCAGAUGACUGUACGUUUUUGGUAUGCAUGUAAAUAAAGUACAUGGACAUUUUAAAGUUUACGUGUGUCACUGUAUUGUAAAGUUAAAUGUAAUAACCAGUAAAAGUAUAUUGUAUUAUACAA